CACAAGACUCGCGCGAUCCGAGCAACUCGCUCGCGCCACGAUUUGCACAUGGAUUCUUCUCACUCGAUUAAGCCGCUGAGAAUGGCAAUUCACGAUUGUCUUUUUUUACGAAUUUUUCUCUCAUCUUUUUGUUCAUACUCUACACAUCGUUAAUAGAUAUAUUGUGCAAAAUUUUGUAUUCGCCAUUAUCUUAUCGUUUCUCGUUUCCCGCGGGGCUCUCUUAAUUCGUGAGCAAAUCGAGUUUUUGUGCGCUCCACUGGUAAAACGCGUUUUGUAUUAUGUACUCGUAAUAUACAUAUAGCGUGUGUAUCAUCAUCAAUUAUAAAAUGAACGAAUCUGAGCGAGUUGAGAGGAAGAUAGGGGAGAAAGAAAGAGAGAGAGAGAAAUGACGAUGAAAAAUGAAUUCUUAACGACUGGUAUAUAGUUGUUUCGUGUACGCGCUCGUGUCGCGCUCAUGCGACGACGAGAAUAUAGUCUUUUCAUAAGCCUCGCACAGAUUCGAUCGGCUGCUGUGUGGAUUUUUUAAUAUACAAUACAAAAACAUCACGUGCAGCAUCAUGGUGCAGCAGAAAAUCGAGCAAGGCAUUUUUAGUCGACAAUUUUUUCCUCAAUGGAUCGCCGCUGCUGGGGUGAUCCUCGUGAUGGCCCAGUUGGGCGCCAUGUGCGGCUGGACGUCGCCCUAUCUGGCCAGACUCAGUCGUCCCGACGCCGAGCUGCAUCUCGAUCCCGGGGAGGCAUCGUGGGUCGCCUCCCUCAUCAACGUCGGCCGCUUCCUCGGCGCCUUCCUGGGCUCGGGAUGCACCCACCUGUGGGGCAGCAAACACGCCCUGCUCCACACCCUCGUGCCCAUGGCCCUCGGCUGGGCCCUCAUCCUGUGCGCCAAGGACGCCCUGAUGCUCUAUCUGGCCCGAGUCAGCCUGGGCUUGGGCAUGGGCAUGGCCUUCUGCUGCUUUCCGCUCUACAUCGGCGAGAUCGCCGUGCCCCGGAUCCGAGGCGCCAUCGUCACCGUCGCGUUCUGCGGCUCUCCCUUCGGCAACGUGCUCGCCAGCGUCAUCGGUGCCUAUACGAGCAUGAUCGUCUCCAGCUGCGUCUUCCUCGUGCCCUGCCUGGUGGCCAUCGCUCUGUUCUGGUGGCUGCCCGACUCGCCGCAUCAUCUCGUCAAGCGGGGCGAUCUCGAGGGCGCGCGCCAAGCCAUCGACUGGUAUCGCAACGGGGUCGGCGUCGACGAGGAGCUCAAAGCCGUGCAGGCCUUCGUCCAGUCCGGCGACGGUGCCGCCUCCGCCUUCAAGAACUUCCUCGGCCAGCUCAGUCAGCCCUACAUCCGCAAGGCCAUCUGCAUGUCCAUGAUGCUGUUCAUGUACAUGCAGCUGUCGGGACUGAACAGCGUCCUGUUCUACAUGGAGAACAUCCUGCGCGAGGGCCAAGUCACCAUUAUCGAGCCGGCCCUGACCGUCAUACUGGUCAGCGUCGUGGGAGCUAUCACAGCCCUCGCGUCGAUCAACCUCAUGGACAAGUGUGGCAGACGAGUACUGAUCAUGACCUCCGGCUGUAUCAUCACGGUCUCCAUGCUGAUUCUCGGCGCCAGUUUCGUCCUCCUGGAUCACGACUACGAUCCGGCCUACAUUCAGAGCUUCGUCGUUUUCUCCCUGUUUCUGUUCAUGAUCGGCUUCGUGGCGGGCCUGAUGCCCGUGCCGAGUGCCGUGCUCUCGGAACUCUUUCCGGCCAACGUCAAGUGCGCCGCCGCCUGUCUUGCCUGCCUCACAGGGGCUCUGUUCGCAUUCGGUGCUUCGAAAGCCUAUCAGCCACUGGUCAGUCUCAUCGGCGAGGGCUACGUCUUUUUCAUUCACGCCCUGCUGAUGUCCACCGUCAUUCCCUUCGUGCUGCUCUACAUGCCCGAGACCAAGGGCAAGUCGCUACAAGAGAUUCAAGAUAUCCUCAGCAAAAAGAGUUGAAAGGUUGGAUUUUAAGUUAAAUUUUUGGACCUUUGUAAAUUAUACGAAAAUCUAGCGUGUGUUUUCUCAGCUGAUCGAAUGUUUUUAUUCUACCGCGACUAUUUCAAUAGUCUAAUAAUUAGCCUUAUCUACGAAUAAGCGUAUAGAUUUCGUAUCAGAUUGUGUAUAGAUAGAUAGAUUAAAAUUAUGUAAAUUAUGUAUAUAAAAAAAUCUAAUAGAUAUGAUGUAAUUGCUUGCCUAUAACUUUUAAUGACUUCGAGUAUCUUCGAGUAUCUUUGAGUAUAUUUAUUUUUAAUUAUUAAAUGUAAUAAAGUUAUUUUUUGUAAAAAACAAACUUUUUAACAUGGUGACUUCCAAUGAUACGUCUUUCUUUUGUUGUCCUUUAAUAUCUCUUAUACGCUUACGACAAACCGUAAUAAAAAGCGACAAUUGACAAUUGACAAAUAAAUUUUUGUAUUCUUUUCGAUCGCAUAUGAAACAAUAAAUAAUAGCU